UCUACCUAUCUUCAUGGAGGAGCCGCUACUGGACACAGCUGCUGGCGCUGAUCAGUUGAGCACUAAGCCUCAUGAUCUGUAUGAAGGUGGGAACGAAGACUAUGCUCCGGUGAGGAGCUUCGAUGCGCUGCGGUGUAUGUUUUGGACCGAGACAGUGAAGCUCUGGAAAAUGGCAGGUCCGGCAGUGAUCACUAUGUUGUGUAUGUAUGGGACUAACUUUGCUGUCGUUCUCUUUGUUGGUCAUCUCGGAACUGUAGAGCUCUCAGCUGUCUCCAUUUCUCUCUCCGUCAUUUCCACAUUCGCUUAUGGAUUCUUGUUUGGCAUGGGGAGUGCUCUGGAGACCCUGUGUGGGCAGGCAUUUGGAGCUGGGGAGAUUCAUAUGCUUGGAAUUUACAUGCAGCGCUCAUGGAUAAUCCUAUUAGUAACCAGCCUCUUCAUCUUGCCAAUUUACAUCUUUGCCACACCCGUUUUAAAAUUGCUAGGCCAAGAAGAUGACAUAGCCAAUCUAGCUGGAGAAUUUACUAUCCAAACAAUCCCCUCAUUGUUCUCACUUGCCAUUAUUUUUCCAUCUCAGAAGUUCCUUCAGGCUCAGAGAAAGGUUAAGGUUCUGGCAUGGAUUGCAGUUUUGGGUUUGCUCAUACAAAUUGGGAUGCUCUGUCUCUUCAUUUUGGUGUUUGGUUGGGGCACAUUGGGUGCGGCUGUUGCAUUUGACAUUGUAAGAUGGGGCAUGGCAAUUGCUCAAGUUGUGUAUAUAAUGGGUUGGUGCAGGGACGGCUGGACUGGGUUUUCAUGGUUGGCUUUCAAGGAGAUAUGGGCUUUUGUAAGACUUUCCCUUGCCUCUGCUGUCAUGCUCUGCCUUGAGAUUUGGUACACGAUGAGCAUACUCAUUCUCACAGGCCAUCUUGAUAAUGCAGUUAUAGCAGUUGGUUCCCUUUCUAUUUGCGUGAACAUUAACGGAUUUGAACUAAUGUUGUUCAUUGGAAUAAAUGUGGCAAUAAGUGUGCGUGUCUCCAAUGAGCUUGGAUCAGGACGACCAAGAGCAGCCAAAUACUCUGUCUAUGUGACAGUAUUUCAGUGUCUUCUAAUUGGGAUUUUUUUCAUGAUUGUGAUCUUGAUAACCAAAGACAGUUUUUCCCUA